CAACAGCCAUAAAUUUUGCGGGAAAAGAAAGUAGGUCCAAAACAAUAGACAUAGAGAUGGAGAGAAUAUUAUCCACAUUCCACAUGGCUCCUGUUAUCUCCUCAUCUUUGUGUUCAACUCCCACAUUCUUCCCACGAAUUCCAACUAAAAUUACUUCCAUUUCUUUAUGCUCUCAUCACACUACUACCCCUCUUUGGCUAUGCAAUGCCAGCAAGAAAAAACCCGGAUUUUUCGAUCAAAUUCUCGAUUAUAUUGAAGGUGGGCCUAAAUUAAGGAAAUGGUAUGGAGCCCCUGAUCUCCUCCCAAAGGAUGGAUCAAUAGCUGAAGAAGAGAAUGAUGAUGAUGUAGAGGAAGCCAAAGAUGCUGUUCUAGUAACUGAUGGGGAUAGUGAGAUUGGCCAGAUGGUGAUUUUAUCCUUGAUUGUAAAACGGGCUCGAAUCAAAACACUGGUUAAAGAUAGGCGUGCUGCUCUAGAAGCCUUUGGAACCUACGUCGAGUCAUUGGCUGGAAAUGCAAGUGACAAGGUGUUCUUGAGCAAGGCCUUGAAAGGUGUUCGGGCAAUUAUAUGCCCAAGUGAAGGUUUCCUGUCCAAAGUUGGGAACUUGCAAGGUGUGCAACAUGUUGUUCUCUUAUCUCAGUUAUCUGUGUAUAAAGGUGCUGAUGGCAUUCAAGCUCUUAUGACAAGCAAUGCACGAAAGUUGGCUGAAGAAGAUGAAUCAAUGGUAAUGGCCUCAGGAAUCCCAUACACUAUUAUCAGAGCUGGCUCUCUGCAAAAUAUUUCCGGUGGAACACAAGGGUUUAGCUUUCAAGAGGGUGGUGCAGCAAAGGGAAGCCUAAGCAAGGAAGAUGCCGCAUUCAUAUGUGUCGAAGCACUUGACUUAGUGCCUGAGACUGGACUUGUAGUUGAGGUGAUCAAUGGCGAGGAGAAGGUUUCUGAUUGGAAACAACGAUUCGUAGAGUUGUUGGAGACGAAGGAGAAAGGUGAAGGGUGACGGCGAGCAAGGCCAUGGCAUUUCGAGCAUUAUACCAGAAUUCCAGUAAUUAGUUUCAUGUUCCACUAAUUUGUUUAGAUAUAAGUAUUUUAAAAACCUUUGCUGUUUUUUAUUUUCUUUUCCAAUGCAAGUGAAUAUAUAUCAAGUACCUGAAGUCCUGAACGAUUUUUACAAGCACUUUGUAAAAAUUAACAUGGAGCCUUGCAAACCAACAAGCAGGGGAAUUUCUGACUAAAGAUACAGAUCCCAAAUAUCAA